AUGGCCCCAGAUCCUCGUGUCGCAGACGUUGAUCGCUUUACCAAAGUAACUCGCAGUUCGAUUCCAUUGGCCCUGAAUCCAGAGGCCGUAACGCUACCAAGGCCAUUUACAGUUGCCAUCAUUGGUGCUAGUGCUGGUAUAGGAGAGUACGUUGCCUAUGCAUAUGCGCACGCCGGUGCUUCCCGCAUCGUGAUAUCUUCACGAACGUUGAUAGACUUGCAGGCUGUGGAGAUCAAACUGAAAGAGAUCGACUCCACGAUCGAAGUUGAUGUUGUGGAGUGCGACGUCUCCAAAGCCAAGUCUGUGGAAGCGUUGGCUCAGCAUGUACGGGUUGCUUGUGCACGACUUGAUGUUUUGGUGCUGAACGCCGGCUAUGCUGGACCAAUAACCCUGAAGAUGGAGGAAGGAAAUCCCGACUGGGUCCAGAAAGCUUUUGACAUCAACGCCAUGGGCACCUACCAUGCAGCGCAUUAUUUUGUACCGCUUCUACUUAGAUCUAAGGAUGCGCCAGGCGCUUUCAUUGUGGUCGGCUCCAUUGCAGGCUGCAUAAGAAGGGGGAUCAUUGCAAACACUGGCUACACGGUCAGCAAGAUGGCCCAAAUUCGGUUGGUUGAGUAUUUGGCGGAGCAACAUUCGAAUGACGGCUUGUUGAGCAUUGUUAUACACCCUGGCGCUGUCAAGACGAGAAUGGCAGAAGGCAAUACUCCAGAAGCCUUUCUCCCAUAUCUGACUGACGAUGUUGGUCUUUGUGGAGCUGUGUGCGUUUGGCUUACGUCGAGGCGUCGGGAUCUCCAAUGGCUGUCUGGGAGGUUAAUAUCAGCAACCUGGGAUAUGGAUGAGCUGCUUUCGAAGAAAGAUCAGGUGGUCCAGAAAGACUUGUUGAAAUUUGCCCUCGUAACGGAAUGA